UUGUGGCAGCGUACAAUCCAUCAGCUUGCCUCAUUUCUAGGAGUCAUGUGCCACAGAAUGUUGUAUGAAGGAAAAGGGAAAAGCGCUACUGUUUACUUGAUUGCAGCUGUUAUUCUGAUGUGUUAUUUGGAGCAAACAGUAGACUGUAAUCGACUGACGGAAACAGAGUGGCAAAAAAAAGCCGAUAAAGCCAGAAGGAUAGGUUUCAAAGAGGGGCAAAUUGUGUUUGGGAGAGUUUUUGAGAAAGGGUCAGGUCUUGGCCACAAGUCAUAGACAGGACAAGCAAGUCAACCUCAAACACUUCUGGGAGGAGGAUGCUGAAUAUCAAGCAGAAUUUGCAGGCUGGGUGAAAGGACGAACACAAAAUGGUAGAUCCAGAGAAGCAGAAUGGAAGCGCAUGUCGCCCUCGUUGCAGUGUGGUUGGGACCAGUUAAGGUUCAGAGCAGUGGGACCAGGAGCUUCACAGUUUGCUGUGGAACAAGCAGAUGCACCUCCAUUACCUCUGUCCCAAGUUCCUUCCAACUGUGGCUACACCAUGCAGAGGAACUCUUUUGGGCUUGUCAUACUGGUUCCCUAUGAUGGCUGCAACAUGGUUCAAAAGGAUGGAAGUUAUGUGCUUCCUAUGCGUUGGCAGGGACGUCCAGUCUCACUCUGGUGUCCCAAACCUCCAGCCCCUCCUCAACCCCAAUAUCCUUUUGGUCCCCAAGAUCCAAUUCUUGAGCCAGAAACAACAACACCACCACCACCACCACCACCAACAACAACAACUAUCCUUCUCACUGAAGGACACCAUCACUCUCUCAAAUAUCCUUUCGAUCCCCAAUAUCCUUUCAAGGCCUACUAUCCUUUCAAUCCCCAAUAUCCAACUCCUAAGGCUGAGAUGACACCACCAGUGGCUCUCCCUGAAGGACAAAACCAUCAUCCCUCACACAAAUAUCCUUUUGAUCACCAAUAUUUCAAUCCCUACUAUCCUUUCAAUCCCCAAUAUCCAACUCCUGAAUCUGAGAUGACACCACCAGUGGCUCUCCCUGAAGGACCCCACCGUCAUCACCCCUCUCACAAAUAUCCUUUCAAUCGCCAAUAUUCUUUCAAUCCCUACUAUCCUGUCAAUCCCCAAUAUCCAACUCCAGAAUCUGAGAUGACACCAGCAGUGGGUCUCCCUAAAGGACACCACCAUCAUCACCACAUUCUCAAAUAUCCUUUCCAUCCCUACUAUCCCCAAUAUCCAACUCCUGAGGUCAAAUAG